UGAAUCUCUAAUCCUACUGUAUUGCUCUAGCCUCUAUUUCCCUCUGUUUCUUUUCUUUUUUUUUCUGUAGUGUUUUAUUGAUGUGUCUUCCUUCACCCCAAAUGUGUCUCCAUAGGAGGCAGUUUGGGGGAAGGGAUAUGAGAUAAUAUUGAGGUUAAUCCUCACAUUUCCUUUAAUAAUCUCCUCCACAUCUCAAACAUUUGCUCCGAAGAAAGCAGCAGCUUGAGGUAGGAAGGUGGGGGGCCUCUGUGUUGGAGAACUACCGGAUCCCAUAUUGAAUUAGUACAGCACACAAAAGCUAGUAGGUUUAGGGACAGAUUCCGGAAAAGGAAUGCUUAUUUGCAGCUCAGUGGAAUCGGUGGGGGAAGGACAUGGCCAUGAGAAGGAUCCAAGCCCAGAAUGAGGCGCAUACAGUGAGAUGCCGGAGGGCUUCCAUUCCCCACCAUCACCAUGCCUUGUCCUUCCACCCCACGGUGGCAGCAUGACACAGCAAGGCCUGGAAGUCAUGAGGGACCCUGUGAGCAGCCAGUACAGCUCCUUUCUUUUCUGGAGGAUGCCCAUUCCCGAACUGGAUCUGUCGGAGCUGGAAAGCCUGGGUCUGUCAGACACAUCCAUCUACAAGGUCAAGGACAGCAGCGCUGGCAAAAUGACCGGGCAAGCCACCGACACAGAGCAGGAGAAACACCCUGAGGGCGAUGCCCUCCUUCAGUACAGCACCUUCAACUUCUGGAGGGCCCCCAUCGCCAGCAUCCACGCCUUCGAACUGGACUUGCUCUAAGCCCGAGCCUUCUCUCCCACCAUGCCUGCACUGUCUGUCCACCCCUUCCCCUAUUAAUCUUGCUUUCUUCCCUCUAUUGUGUUGAGGUGGUGCUGAUGAAUUUGCCAGAGCUGUGUCUUAUUUAUUUAUUUAUUUAUUUAUUUAAUGUAUCAGUUUCUCUCAAAAGCCCUCAAGUCACAAAGUAAAGGGUUCAAGCAAUGGAGUAGUCUCCCCGCCCCCGCCCCAGUCCAUAUUAAUGGGGGCACCAGAGAGUAGUAUCGUAGUGUAAAAUGGAAGGGCUGAUUUUCUGACCUCAUUUGAGAUUGUUCCAAUUUUCCUAAUGUCUUGCUCUACGCCAGCAAACACAAAUAUUUCUUCAAGGGUUGAAGAGAAAAUUUUGAGAUUAUCUGCUACAAGACAGUAGGAUUUCUAAAAGGCUAAGGUGAUAAGAAGCUAGCUUUUUUGAUUCUGCUCCUUCUUGUAAUAAAUUCUUUUUCUCAGAGAAAUUGGGGGUAAAGGUAUAAAACAAGAGGAGUAAUGUAUCUUGGAACAUGAAAAUAGGGGAAAGCCCUGAUCGUUUCAGAAAACAGCUACACUCUCUCGAAAGGGUGUUUCUCCGUCAAGCCUCCUCACUUUACUAUUUUGUUCCUAACCGUGGGUUGAAAACUCUUGAGGAAAGUCACUCGAUUUCAAAUCUUAAGAUGCAAUCUUGCUGACUAUUGUGGUAACUGGUAGGGUUUGGAUUCUGUUCCUAAAAGGCCUUGGGCGGGUCCUUAGCUUAGGCUUGCCCUCCUGCAUUUGCGACGUGUGUUGAUCAAGGGGCCUCAGCUACCUUAGGACCAUGAAGCGAACAACCACAUUCUGACCCCACAGCCUGUUCCCACUCCUUCCAACGUUUCUGCUGCUGGUUGUGAUGCAUUUACUCAUUUCUUUAAUAAACACAUUCAACCCCA